CAGCAAUGGCGCCGUGCACAACAACUGAAUCGAAGCAGGAUAGGUGACAACAUUUUUUUUCAAGAUGCUGUUUCGUGUUGUUGCCCGCCUUUUAAUUUUAGCAUUCUUGUGUUACGUCGCUCAUUCACAAGAUGCUGAGUUUACUGCUACAGUCAAUGUUGGUAUAUUGAUGUUUGAUUCUGCCACAAACACAACAACAGUUACCUCAAUACCACAGUCUUUUACAGUCACAGAAAAUGUGGACUCUGGCUUACUACCAGUGUAUCUGUUGGCUUAUAAUGAUACCAUUGUUGACAACUUUCAAGGCAUAGAAAUUACAGAUGAUGUCAUAGUGUAUUGUGACAUAGUAAACGAGUAUUCACCUGGAGACACAGUAGUGACUUUUGAGGAUACAAUUUUAUACAAAGGAAACAUAACUGGUGAAGUACUAUACAAUGUUUCAACCCAAGGACGUGCUGUUGAAGUACAGUGCACUGGUGAAUACGUUAACACUCCCGGUGUUGUCAACAAUGACCUUUUCAAUGUAACCACAUCAGCUGGCUUCCCUGGCUCACUUCCUGAGCCACAUUUAGACCACAUCUCACCAUUCAUCAUGAGACACUGUUAA